GAGCGACACAAAACCGUACGGAGCAGUCUGACAUCGCGAGACUUUGAAUGACUGUAACUGUUAAAGUGAGCGUAUAAUACGGCGACUACGGUACGUGUGGUUGUUUUAGUGUUGGAUAAUGUCUGCGGUACUCUGUAGGGCUCUCAGUAAGUUUAUUUCUGUAGGGUCGGUGCGGUUCAGCUCCGGCUGUGAGCAGCGGCUCCGCGGCUCUCUGCUCUCCGGGGAUGUGGAUCGGUUCGGGGGUGUGACCGUGCGCGACUUUCCGCCCCAAAUAAAGGAGGACGAGUUUAAAGAUCUGCUGCGGGAAUCUCUAGGUCAGUGGCGCUCUGAGGGGAGGGUCGCCGUGUGGCUGCUUGUUCCCAUCACUCAGAGCCGAUUGGCUGCGGCAGCUGCGUGUCACGGGUUCAGCUUCCAUCACGCCAGGAGAGAUGUGGCCGUGCUCAGCCUGUGGGUCGGUCCGGGCCCUGACAGACUGCCGGCGUUUGCCACACAUCAAGUAGGAGUCGCCGGUGCUGUUGUGGAUGAAUCAUGUGGUAAAGUUCUCGUUGUUCAGGACAGGAAUAAGACUCAGAAUGCUUGGAAGUUUCCUGGUGGUCUGUCAGAUGUGGGAGAAAACAUUGGCGACACGGCGGUCCGUGAGGUUUUUGAAGAAACUGGGGUCCGAUCAGAAUUCCGAUCUCUGCUCAGUAUCCGUCAGCAGCACAAACAUCCGGGAGCGUUCGGAAUGUCCGACAUGUACCUCAUCUGCAGACUCCGCCCACUUUCAUACGACAUUAACUUCUGCACUCACGAGUGUCUGCGCUGCGAUUGGCUGGAUUUGGCGGAAUUAGCUAGGACCACUGAGACGACGCCAAUCACCAGUCGAAUAGCCAAACUUCUGCUGCACGGUUUAGAGAAAGGCUUUCACAACAUUGAUCUGUGUGUGGAGGAGCUGCCGGCCGUGUGUUCUGCAAUGUUUUAUCAGCUCUACCACAGACCACUGCCAGAGGUUAAAGAGACAUGAAACACACGU